AUGGGCAAGAAGGGACGUGUGGUCAAUUGUCCACUUGGUCCUAAAUCGACUAAACGUGCACGCCAAACGCCCGCUGCAUCUUCUUCUCAGCAACUCGCUGCUACUCUGGCGGAGGUUGAAACGACAUCUGCCCUUCAAGCUGCCAAGGUGUUGAAUACGGCUCUCGCAGUAAACCAGCAAGUCCAAAUCCAUCCAAACACAGUUGAAGAAGGACAAGAAGGAGGUGGACCACCAUUGAGUGUCAAUUUUGAUCGGCCUGAGCCCUCCCCAGACGACUCCGAACAUUCUUCUAUCCCAUCAUCUCCUAUAGUCAAUCCUCCUACACCUGCCUUGACAGUUGGUUCCGCCCAUAAGAAGCUGAAAGAUGCCCAGGCAACUUUUUCUGAAGCAAACAAAAAACUGGAUGAGCUUUCGAGAAGCAAUCCUCAAUAUACAGAGGCUUAUUUUGAUGCCCAAUGGAACAGACAGCGGUGCUUGCAGCUGGCUGCUAUGGAGGACACCAGUCUUAGCAAGCUGGAAGAGCGGGUGGUUGAGUUGGUGGACAUGGAGGAGAACCUCCGAGAGGCACAGGCUCAAUUAAGACGCUUGAAAACCCGCCGGAGGCAACAAGCCCGAAACCGAGGAAACCAUGUAGACCAUGAACUGCUGCUCAGUUUGCCAAAUUCUAUCCUAUUGAUGGAAGAGGCUAUUGAAAGCGUGGUUACAGCAUUAGGAAGCGAAGAAUUUUCAAACAUUCGACAAGCCUCGACCGAGCCGCUUGACAAACAAGAGAUUCUUGAGCAGAUGAUGAUAUUGUGGGGCGAGGAAGAAGAAGAAUUUAGAUUGCCACUGGAUGAGAUCGAGGUUGAGGAUGAAUAUAAGCUUGAUUGUCGCAAGGCGGGAGAUGAUGGUCUGGGAAUGUUAAUGAUGAAUAAUUGGCAUAGAUAG